AUGUCAACAAUCGGCACAACAACAAUUCAAACAACUACAGCACCAAACUCUUUAGUCAUGAACCCAACUUCAAUGUUAGUAGAGAUGAAAAGCUUCAUUCCUUCUUCAUAUACUUUCGAAACAAAAAUCCAGAAGAUAAAGCAAGAACUUUUAACAAGUAAUUUAGACUGUAGUGCGAAAGAUGAAACAAAUGAACAGUAUCUUUAUGAAAUGCAGGAUAUUAUUGACCAUCUACCUAAACUUCCUGAAAUACAACAACAAAAACUAACCAUUCCCGAAUUUGACGAAAUAGAAGUCAGACUGACUGACUCAGUAGAAAUAAAGAA